GGCAUUGUACUUACAUUGAGUCUGACCUUACAGUUCAUCGUCUCUAUUUUAAUUAUGAUAUUCAUAACGUAAUCAAGUCAAUUGUCAUGGGUUCAAAUAUUUCACAGUUAAUCAUUGAAUAUGGUUCUUCUAGCGGUUCUGCUACCAAUAAAAAUGACCCAAAUUUACCAGGUUCAAGACAUAGUAUAUCUAAUCAGUUUGUACUGGAUUUAUCCAAUGCACCAAUUACUUAUAUAAAUAAUUUAGAAACUGACCCAGCUUAUGCUUAUUGGCCAGCUUCUCUGCAUACAUUAUUCAAUUUUGAUUUUUCUGGUGGACUACGUAGAAUACGUAAAAAUUUGUAUAAUGUUAUUCUAAUAAUUGAUCCCGUUUCAUUUGAAAGUCGUGAAAUGUUAAAAUUGACAGAAUCGUUUCUUCUUCAUAUGACUCCAGUACGUUUUGGCAUUAUCUGGGCAGUAAACCCUAAAUUGAAUUCAACUAGUCUUAUCUUAACCCGUAUAUUUUCAUAUAUAUCAUCCACUAUACUUAAUUCACAUGAAUCACCAUUUCCUGUUCAAAUCAAUGGUUUAGGAUCACCUGGUCCUAUGGCAGCAUUGUCAUUUUUAACGGAAAUCUAUGCAAAUGCUGAAAAAUCAAACAGUGAAUUAAGUAUUGAUUUAAUUAAACGAAAAUUUGAGAAGUUAUUUCCAACCGCUGAUACUGAUGAUAUAUUUACACCGGAACCUGGUAAUGGUGAUUAUGAUAAUGAAGUUACGUCCCACCAUGAAUUUCUUAUUCGUUCUGGACUCCAGUCAAUCAAGAAAAUCCCACUAAUACUUUUUAACGGAAUUAUAUUAGAUAGUGAUGGGAUUAGAAAAAUUGGUGGUUUCGAAGAUACUGUUGUUACUCUGUCCAUGGAAGAAUUAAUGCACGUACAGUCAGCUGUAUUUCAAGGUCAAAUGAGUAAUUCUCAGACAAUAUUUGAUUUAUAUCAAAAGACAGCAACUAUUGUCCCACGAUUUAAUGUACGAUUAUUAAAUAAAAAGAAGGAUAAUUCAAAUCAAAGGUCUCUUGAAUCACUGAAGUAUAUCAACUUCAAUGGAUAUUCUAUGCCAGUGGGCUUAUCCGAUGAAAAUGUACUACCCACUUCACAGUUGUUGAAAUCUUUUACGGAUCAAAUGCGCUAUUUUCAAAAAGGAGAUUUAGAGGCAUCUAUUCGACCAGUUACAAUGUGGAUAGUUAUCGGUGAUUUGGAUCAAAUUUUCGAUUCAAAUUUACCGGAAGAACAUCGUCUCCAACUUCAAAUGGAUUGCAAUUUAGCUCUUAAUGCUUUAACAUUUCUACGUAGCGGUCAUUCUACAAAGGGUUUACGUAUUGGUUUCGUAUAUAACCCAUUGAAACUAACUAAAGAAGAAACAUCAACUAAUCAUUGGUUAACACGUGUACUUUAUCUUGUUGGUAAUCCAAUCAAUAUAACAUCACCUUUAUCUAACCAAUUAAACAAUGAAAUAAUAGCAAAGCGAAAAUAUGCUGAACAAAUGUCAGGACGUAAUUUUGCUAUACGUCUUAUCAAAGAAAUGUUGGAAUCGAUUAAAACUUCUAAAUCUAUCAAAUCUUUAGAAGAACUUCUAGUUUCAGGCAUGGAUUCCAAACAGAUACAUGAUGCUAUUCAAUUAUUUGAUAGGAAUAGUUUUCUACAAAUGCACUCAACUAUUGCCUGUCAGAUUAUUGGUCUGAAACCCGGUGAACGAGCUGUUGUUGUGAAUGGUAAAAUAGUCGGUCCAUUCGAACCGUUUGAAGAGUUUCUGUCUGAUGAUUUUCGUCUAGCAGAACGUUUAGCAUUAGACAAUGGGGCUAAGGAGCUUGGUGAUAAACUGGAAAAAAUUUUAGGCACAGCAGCUGGAGUUCCUGAUGUUAUUUCUGAACUCACCUGGCAAUUAUCUUCAGUGCUUCAAUCAGGUAUUGAAGCUACUAGUUCAGUCAUAUCUGAGACGUCUUCCGUAGAUGGGAUUUCGGACAAAGGUCAAAAUGGGCAUAGAAUACUUCUUCAUGGUGUAUCAUACAAUCAUUCAGGUUUCAUUAUUCACGGAAAUAAAGAUGAACCAAAUUUUGAAUUAGUUGCUAUCAUAGAUCCGGCUUCUCGUGAUGCUCAACGUCUAUCUCAUAUACUGAUUGUACUACAGCACUCUUUGCCAUGUACUGUAAAAGUUUUAUUCAAUCCAUCGCCUUCGUUAUCUGAACUACCAGUGAAAAGUUUUUAUCGUUUCGUAUGGGAACCAUCAUUGUUUCCAGAAAAUGAAUCUAUACUCAAUCCAUCUAUUAUUGUACCUCGUGCUUAUUUUACUCACUUACCUGGUCAAUCUUUGCUUACAUUGGGUAUGGAUGAACCACAUGGUUGGAUGGUUGCUGCUAUUAAGGCUGUACAAGAUUUAGAUAAUCUACGCCUAGUUGAUUAUCGUUCUACAAAACAUUUAGUGGAAGCCGUUUUCGAAUUAGAAUAUCUUCUACUUGAAGGUCAUUGUGUGGAAGAGGGGAGUAUGAAACCGCCACGUGGACUACAAUUUACGCUUGGUCCUACACCAACUACUAUUGAAUAUGAUACAAUUGUUAUGGCUAACUUGGGUUACUUUCAACUUAAAGCCAAUCCUGGCGCUUGGCAUUUGAAUAUUCGUGCAGGGAAAUCACAAAAACUUUAUGAAAUAUCCGGCCAAGAACAUACUGAUACAUCUGUUAAUUCCAAAGAAAUUAUCACAUUGAUUAGUAAUUUCCGUUCUAAAAUCAUUGAAGUCUCUGUUAAUAAACGUGCAGAAUUUGCCAGUGAAAGUAUGUUAGAUGAUAGUUCUGAAGAAUCAAAUAAUUGGUUAAAUAAACAUUCAGAAGUUUGGUCUACAUUAUCGAAUUAUGCUGAUGAAUAUUGUCCUUCUUGGCUAAGUGGUCUAAAACAUUCACUUGCUUCUCAUUUACCUUGGCAUAAAUGUACUUCAAAUCAAGAAACUAUCAAUAUUUUCUCUGUUGCCUCUGGUCAUUUGUAUGAACGAUUAUUAAGAAUUAUGAUGUUAACUGUAAUACGACAUACAAAUUCUCCUGUGAAAUUUUGGUUUCUCAAGAACUAUCUUUCACCAACAUUUAAAGAUUUUAUACCAUAUAUGGCAGCAGAAUAUGGUUUUGAAUAUGAAUUUGUUCAAUAUAAAUGGCCACGUUGGUUACAUGCUCAAACUGAAAAACAACGUAUUAUAUGGGGUUAUAAAAUUCUAUUCCUUGAUGUUCUAUUCCCAUUGAAUGUGACCAAAAUUAUAUUUGUUGAUGCUGAUCAAAUUGUUCGAGCGGAUCUAAAAGAAUUAGCCGAUCUGGAUUUAGAUGGUGCUCCGUACGGUUACACACCAUUUUGUGAUUCUCGUAAAGAAAUGGAUGGUUUCCGAUUUUGGAAACAAGGCUAUUGGGCUAAUCAUUUAGCUGGUCGACCAUAUCAUAUUUCAGCGUUAUAUGUUGUCGAUUUGACAAGAUUUCGUCGGUUAGCUGCUGGAGAUCGACUUCGUGGUCAGUAUCAUGGUUUAAGUCAGGAUCCAAAUAGUUUGUCUAAUCUAGAUCAAGAUUUACCUAAUAAUAUGAUUCAUCAGGUUCCAAUUAAAUCAUUACCUCAAGAAUGGUUAUGGUGUGAAACAUGGUGUUCUGAUGAAAGUUUAGCUAAGGCGAAAACUAUCGAUCUGUGUAAUAAUCCACGUACAAAAGAACCGAAAUUGACAGCAGCAAUGCGUAUCGCUCCGGAAUGGGUUGAUUAUGAUCGUGAAAUUAAAAAAUUAUGGAAACGUGUCUAUCUCUCUACUGAAAGCAGCAGCAGCAGUACUACUGGUAAAACUUCUGCUACUGAAUUUUCCACAGUUCCAACCACUUCUGGACUUCCAUAUUUUAAAGAAAGUCCAGUAGAAGACUCGAAAAUUGAUGAUAAUACAGUGAAAACGGAAUUAUAGGCAUUUGUUCUUAUUACCAGAUGUUUCUUACUUCUGAUGACAGUCGUCCAAUUAUAUUUCACCAACUAACCAUAUGUAAAUUAAACCAUGUUUUUUUCUUUGGCUGUGUGUAUGUCACUUUUCUUGAGUACUAUUGAUGCUAAGUUUUUUUUCAACUAUUUAGUUCGUUUUUAUACCAAUUCAUUAAUCAUCUAUUUGAAGAGAAUCUUCUUCUUUCUCUUCUUCGAUUAUUGGUGAUUCUUGAUUCAUAUUCUCCUGUCGUUUGUCACUUACCGCUUACAAUGUUUUACGUAGUCUUUGUAUUCACAUGAACUGUUGUGUUGCAUUCCUUUCUUCCUUCAAUACAACAAAAGAAAACAAGUUUCCGAUCAACAGAAUGCCCAUUUUUAUUGUACUAUGUACAGUCUGUAAUAAGCUCAUUGAUAUGCAUAUAUAGUAUUUUUAUUGUUUUUAUUGUAUCAGUGUACUUUUUUGAAGUACUAGUUGAACAUUGUAAACAAAUUUCUAGUUUUAUUAAUUUGUUACGAAAGAUAUAAUUUGCAUUCGUUUAUUUAUUUAUUUAAACACAUAAAUAUUUGUACAUAGUGGCAUCAAAAUAUACAUGCAACACACA